AUGAGAUCUGCGCAAGGUUUGUUUUUUAGUGUUUACACAAUGGUUGAAGUGAAAGAGUUUCCAGUCCACGAGGAAUACAAGAAAGGAACCGCUACGUCAGACGAUGUUGCCAAAUUGCGUUCAUGGUUGAAGACACAGCCGCAUCUUCCAGAAGAGUUUAUCACAGAUCUUGAUAUAGCACUUGCAUAUCACAGUUGCAACAAAAGUAUGGAAGUAACCAAACAGGGCCUGGAUCUCAAUUUCUCCCUAAGAACCCUAUUCACAGCUUACUUUAAGGAUCGCAAAUUUGACCGAACUAUGGAGAGAACUUUUGAGAAUACGUUGUUUGUUCCCCUCCCCCACCAGACACAAGAUGGGAAUGUCGUGUUAUACAGUCAGGUUUUAAAUAGUGACCCAAAUGAAUUUAAUGUUGAGAAUAACAUCAGAGCUCUUCUAAUGUGCAUUGACCUUUGGCAAUACGAGACAGGAUCAUGGUCGGGUUUGGAAGUAGUGUUAAACUUCAAGGGGUACGGUAUAGGACACAUGCCUAAAAUAGACAUACGGAAUGUACAACAGAUCUUACAUUAUUUACAGGAAGCAAUACCUCUAAAGUUAAAGAAACUACACUUGGUGAACGCUCCUUCUUUUUUUGACCGCCUCCUGAGCAUCAUGAGACCAUUCAUUAACAAUGAGAUAUUAAAUAUUGUGGAGGUCUAUUCUGAUGGGUUUAAAAAUAUUGUGAAGAAUAUACCCUUGGAGGUGUUCCCCAAGGAUGUUGGUGGACAUUAUAAAACUGUUAAGGAGUUGAACGACGAAGUUAUCAAGAAGUUGCAUUCAAGCAGUUCGUUCUUCGAAGCAGAGAACAAGAAGAGAGUGGUCGAAUCAUUAAGACCAGGAAAACCAAAGAAUUAUUCCAAUAUGUUUGGCGGUGUUGAAGGUUCUUUUAAAAAACUUGAUAUCGAUUAA